AUGAAAUUGCUCCUUUUUCCUCUUUUAGUCUGCGCAUACAGCUCUGCGAUCCCCGAAGAAAAUGCAAGGACGAACGAGCGAGAGUGGAGACUCGCCCGCCUUCGGGAGAUCUCAUCAAAUGCGACCACAUCAAACGAUGUGACCGCUUUUCUCUACAUGAUUCUCCGACAACCUAAUGCUGCUAACUCUGAACCUCCGUUCAAGCUUUCUGAUACAGUGGCGGAAUUCGACGGAUCGGCUGCUUUUAUUACGAGGGCAAAAGAAAUCGGAAAAAAUUUGAAAGAAGCACUGCUUAACUCUGACUUUGAGGACGAUUUGAACGUCAAAGAACAGAUUGAUGCUGCUGGAAAUGAGCUCCAAGAGAUUAUUGAUGAAAUGUUCGCUGACUCUGGACUCGUAAGAAGCGAGCGAGAUUUCGUUGUGACUAUUAUGGGCACAGUUGUUGCUACAGUUAGUGCUCCUGUGGUAGCUGCUGGGGCUUUUAUCAUGGCUGGCUUCGUCUUUGAUUGGUGGUGA